CCGCAGGGGAGGCCACUGCUCAGGGAAAGAGUAGAUCACCUACCUUCCCCUGGGGACUCAUUGUCCCCUGGGAAGAGAGGAGCUACUUGUGACACAGCAAGGACAGCUUGGAGCAGAGUACAGUCUGGAGGGACGCCUUGCUUUCUACACCCUGACCCCAGUAUGACAAGGAGGAGGAGGCUGGGCAAGAGAGCCAGCAGCAGCUGAGUCCCCUGGAGCCUCAGCUCUGAAAGCCGACUGGGCCAUGUGUAGCACCUGCAGAGGGAGACUCCUGCCUACAAGGCCAAGACCUCCCCGAGCCCCACUGGAGGACUUUGCCGUCCUCAGCUCUUCUUCCCUGACAAGCCAGGGUGGCUGUGCUGAAUCCUCAACCCUGUGCCCCAGCCCUGGCUCCCUGUCCUCAGGUCUUCCCUGCUAACUCUGCCACGCUCAAGAAGAGGGCCCAUGGCCAGGGACGCCACACGCCUGCUGCCACCAGUCCUGCUGGUGCUCCUGGCCUCAGGUUCCUGGGAACAGAAGCCAGAGUUGCUGCGUAAACUGGAAGGGGAGACAAUCUCUGUGAAGUGCCUGUACCAGUCCUGGCAAGACUCAAAAUCAGUGAAAGCUUGGUGCAGGCAGGUAUCAGCACGUACUUGUACUGUGCUAGCCUCCUACCCCAGGAUCCAGGGGAUGCAGUGGAAGCCCGGAAACUCCAUUCAGGAUGGGGUCAGAUUGGGCUACUUCAUUGUCACCAUGACCAAGCUCAAGGUAGAAGACUCUGGAUUUUACUCCUGCGGAAUCUACAAAUCCUCUGAGAUCCUUACUUACAGAAAUAUCCAUCUUGUGGUGUCUCCAGCUCCAGCCCUGCCCAUCACCAGGAGCUCUGGGAGGACCACAGCCUGGACCUUUGCCCCCAGCCCUGUCAUGGAGAGCCCCCAAAGCAACUGGCAUCUCAUCGUUCCCAGCUCCACGGUGGCUGUCCUGCUGCUGCUGGUGCUCACCUUCCUCAUGAUCCUGUACUUGAGGAAAGCCCGAAGAAGCUCCGGGAAAGGUGAGGACAAAUCCCACCACAUCUACAACAACAUCUCAGUCCAGAAGGAACAGACCACCGUGCAUGGGAAGGAUCCCUCAUCAAGGCAGAGGCGAUCUCAGCUUUCCUGGGGCUCCAGUCAACAUAUGGGCUCUGAAGAGGACACUGGGGCCAUCUGCUAUGCCUCACUUACCCACCUGAACCACUUUGUGCCUGAGGACUCCAUCUAUGUCAACAUCCAACUCAACCUGAAGCCCAUACCUGACCCCCUUCUGACUGUGGAAUAUGCCGACAUCGCUGGAGCCAGAUCCCAGCCCUCCAAGUCAACUGCCCCAGACAGGGAGUUCAAGAGCUAAAGUCAGUCUUCACUGGGAAGUGAACACUUAGAAAAUACCUGUGAGGCAUAAGGCUGCUCCACCAGUGAUGGGAGGACUUCAGUGUGGCAAAGAUGCUCAAAAACCAGCAAAAGGUUUACCCCCUUCCUACAAAGGAGAUGAGGAAAAAGGAGGAAAGGACAGUCCUUAUAUUCCAGAGGGGAGAAGCUUUGAGUCUGAAGUCUGUGAUGGGCAGACUCUGGGGCCUAUAUAAGGGGGUCUCUAGAUACCUGCCCACUCCUCUCCCCAGGGCCCGGGAGGAGGGCCACUGGAGCAGAGACAAAUUAGAUAGGAUUUGGACCCCAGUGCCUCCGAGUGACACAAUCUUCUCCCCACUCUGUGAUCCUCACUUCCUUCCUAAACAGGGGCUGUGAAAUCCUGA